AUAGUUUUUUUCUCUCUGCAAAUCUCCCAUCAUUUCCAUAGCUUUCUUCUUCUUGUCAUUUCCCUUAAAUCCUUUUUGUUUUUUCUUUAUACCACUUCAUAAAGUAGUCACUAAACAACAUAUAGAUACACAUAAUAGAGAUGGAUGCUGAAAAGAAGAGUGCCCAUUUUCGCCAAAUCUCAACUUAUAAACCACAACUUCUUGUCCUCUCCUCCAUCAAAGAACACUCUUCUUCAAAAGUACUCUCAGACAAACCCAAUAUCAAAGCUUCCGUUGCUGAUGUUGACGCCGAGAUUGGAGUUUUUGGCGCAGAAAAGUACUUCAGCAUGAAGCUAGAUCACGUUGACUCCACGGUGGAUGUCACCAAGAACCACGAAAAAGAAAACAUACUGCAGGAUCAUCCCCAUCCUCAUCCUCAAUUGACGAAAACGACGUCAUCUAGAUCAAGAACAAGCCGACAUGGGACUCCAAGUGUAAGAUCCGAGUCAAGUUACAACAGUCAAACCUUUCUCAUGAGGAUUAGCAACAACAAUGAAAACAGGCAACGGAAAACAAACGAGACAAGCAUCUCUUUUGGUGGGUUUAGAUGUUACGGUCCUUGCUCCGGGGUCAAAACCGUUAAUACCGACCGAGACAUCUCCCGUAAAGGUAGAAAUCCCGAUCGAGAUUUUGUAGCUUACGACGCAAGAAAGCACAGCGACAAACCAAGACUUCGUUUUGAAGCCAAGAAAAUGGAGUAUCAGGAGCCAGAGAAGAUUCCGUUACCUAUUCAAAGGUCCGAUAUUGCCAUGAACCUCGAGAGAAAGCUCUCUCUGCUUACAUGGGAUGCAAUACCAAACCAGCUUUCUACCAAGAACAACCAUCACAACAAUGGUAACAACUCUUCCAUGAGCAGCAACACUCAAGAGGAAGAGACAACAAGCGUGGCGAGUUCUGAUUUGUUCGAGAUCGAACACAUAACGAGCAGUGUCUAUGAGCCUAGUGAGGCUAGCAUUGGAUGGAGUGUGGUAACGGGAAGUAUGGCAGAUCAAUCGGUGAUUUCGGAUUUCGAUAUGAUGAAGAGGGUCAAGAGAAGUGGUCCGGUGGUUAAAACCAAACCGGUGAUUGCGGACAAAGUCCGGUCGGGUGGUUUUUUGUCGGGUUGUAAGAGUCACAAAGCUGUGUCGGUUGUUGAUAGUUCUAGAAAAAUGAAAGAAGCAGCCAAGGUUGAUCAUCAUGAGAUGUCUCAUCAGAAGAAGUUUAAAACUGAGAUCAGGAUUCAAGACUUGAGCUUUCUUUAAAUUAAAAAACGUUUUCUGUUAUUGUGUGUACGUGUUUUAACUAGUUUCUCAAAUGUUUUUUUUGUAAUA